AUGGCAUAUACAAGGUUAAUGGCAAGAUCAUCAGCAAUAGACAGGCUGUCUGCAUUAUCUGAUGAUGUUCUUUUAAAUCAUAUUUUGUCGAAGAUUUCUUACAGAGAUGUCGUACGCUCUUCCCUACUCUCACAGAGAUGGCGGCUCUUGUGGACGAAAAUACCAAGGCUCAAGUUUUGUCCUGAGGAUUUUGAGAAACAAAAAGAUGGCAGGAUACAGGCCAUAAUUAACAAUGCCCUACUACACCUCGAUACUCGUCUUUCUUGUUUGGAGCUUACAGUUGCCUUGGAUGACCCUAAGGCUGCCUAUAUUAACAAUUGGAUUCGCCUUGCAGCUGAAAAACAGGUGGAACGCAUGGAUAUACACAUCUGUAAUAGAGAUCCGAAGACUGGUAAGAGGAUUAGCAAUGGAGCUUCUCCCAUGAUGGAGCUUGGGGACUCCAUUUUUAGCUGUGAAAACCUCACGGUCUUAACAGUGCAAUACAUCCAACUUCCCAAGAUGCCCACUAAUUUUGGGGUAUUCCGAUCCUUGAAAGCAGUUCGUUAUGCUGGUAUUCCGAAUCUGGAUGAUGCUAUGUUUGAAGGAUUCAUGGAUCUGUGCCCACAUCUUCAAGAUUUAGGGAUUCUCCGUUGUUUAGGGUUAAAAAACUUGAAUAUACAAUCUUCCAAUUUAAUGUGGAUACAUCUAGGAGCUCUAAGACCUGAUAUAUCAUUGCAACUGACUUGCCCACGCUUGAUGGAAAUCGGCCUCAUCGAUUCUGGGCAAUACGCAGGGCUUAAAUGGCUUAAAUUACUUCAACAAAUUUCAAGAGCGAAAUCUGUUAAAAAAGUUAUUCUUCAAAAUUACAAUACAGGCAAUGCCGUUAAUCCAGGAAUGCCUAGUAUUAUUGUUCUUAACAGUUUUCCUGGGCUUGAAGAGUUGACAAUCCAUGGCCAAUGUUUUCAAGAGAUGAUAUCAGAUGAGAUGCCAACAGCAGAGGUGGCACUACCAAAUUUGAAGAUGGUGCGUGCCCAUAUUGGGCCAGACAAGGGUGCACAGGCAGUGAUUUUUUUGGGUUUUCUUCUUAGAAAUUCUCCAUUAAGUGUAACAAGGGUUUUUCUGCCUGAACACUGCCCUCCAAUCAUGCAAAAUAAUAUUCUCAAUUUGGAAAGGGAUUUCUCAAAAUCAAGAUUGUCAACUGCCACAAAAACGUGGUCAAUGAAUCUGAAAGCAGUUUGCCAACUUUGUACAAGACGCGUUGAAUAUUAUUCACAGACGUAG